CAACAAAAUCGGUAAAGUCCAUAAAGUACCGGUUUUCGUCUUUUUUUUGUAGAAAAAUUAGUGCACUUGCUAUCGUUCGAAGCGGUCUAGUGUGACAAUAAAAAGCACAAUGGCAUCUUUGUGUAGACAAAUUAUCCGCGCUAACGCAUUUAAAGGUGUUUUGGUAAAUGCCGCCCGAAGGGGAUAUGCUGAUAAACUGAUGCCUGAUCCCCUCGAACAUGCAACUGGUUUGGAAAGGAAAGAACUGUUGGCUCUCCAGGCUGGUCAGGAUGAUCCCUUCAACAUGAAGGUACUGAAGAAGAAUGCAGGCACACGCGAAAAUCCCACACUCGUACCUUCGUGUUUUGAUGCUCGUAUUGUUGGUUGCAUAUGUGACGAACACUCCACAGCUAUCACCUGGCUUUGGUUACAUAAGGGCCACCCUCGUCGUUGCGAAUGCGGACAUUGGUACAAACUGACCGAAAAGCCAGUCCUCUAAACACGAUUUCUACUUAGUUUUAUUAAAAGUAGUGAUUUAAUACAACUGCAAUAACGUAUCUCGUACGUCGCACACAGCCUUUCGUUGCUUGUGGUUCCUCGUGUUGCCAUAUGCAAAAAAGUAUAUCCUUGGAGAUACGCUAGUUUACGAUUAACCUACCAAAUCGAUACAAAUCAAUAUUAAAAUAAUUGUAAGCAUAA